UUUUUUUUUUUUUUUUUUUUUGGGUAUCUUACCACAAUAACUAUUUACCUGAAUUACAACCUGCAGAGUUGCAGUAACAGUUUGAAUAGGGUCAUGUUGAGGUGUGACAACAGAAUGUAUUUUGCAAGGCAAGGGUCUGGCUCUCAAGCUUGCCACAUGAGGCAGGCUUCAUGCGAACAGGACAACUUUACUCGACCUACUAUGCCUCUCAAAUCUAGUGGCUAUGCAAACACGUGUCCUAACUCCAAGCAACCCAUGUUUUCUAGACCACGGAUGGAACCAAUUGCGAAUGUUAGGGAAACUCAUUCUGCAGUGCAGGGUCCCAGAUAUGUUGAGCCUCGACCCGAAGCUCCAAAAUUUGCCAGACCUAGCAGAAAUUCUGAGCAGCCCCGGUUUCAGUGUAAGGAAAGGAAUCGAACACCGGAAUCAGAAUUUAAGUGGUCCCCAAGGAUGGAUGUUGUAGAAUCUGGACGCAGUUAUGUAGCUACAUUAGAACUUCCAGGUGUCAACAUCAACAGCAUAAAGGUGGAAGUCAAUGACCAAGUUUUGACUGUAACUGGAAAUCGAUCAAUCUGGUCAUGGAAAGGGGACAAUUUUUCAAAUGAGUUAACUUCCCAUUAUCACAAAAGGGAGAUUUUACAAGGACCUUAUCAAAUGACGUGGUCACUUCCUGCU